GGCUCCUCUUCCUGUUACAGCUUGCAAUCUGCUCUGCUCUGCUCUGCUCUCCUUCCUCCCACCCCCUUUCCCACAAUGUCGGGCCACACCACCAACCUGAGGGUCAAGCUGCCCCUGCUGUGCGCUUUCCUUCAGCUCCUGACCAUCCUCCUGUUUGCUUUUUUCAUCCAGUAUGACAGCCACACCAGUCCCAAGCUGUGGCACGAGGAGAUGCAGCUGCACAGCAAAGGCCAUUUGGACAACGAAUUCUACCCUCGCUACCCAAGCUUCCAAGAUGUCCAUGUCAUGAUUUUCCUCGGCUUUGGCUUUCUCAUGACCUUCCUGAAACGCUACAGCUUCGGCGGCGUGGCCUUCAAUUUCCUGAUCGCCGCUUUCACCCUCCAGUGGUCUGUCCUCAUCCAGGGCUUUUUCCACACCUUUCACAAUGGCAAAAUCCAUGUGGGAAUAGAAAGCAUGAUCAACGCCGACUUCUGCGCCGGGUCCGUCCUCAUCUCCUUCGGGGCGCUGCUGGGCAAGACCAGCCCCGUCCAGCUGUUACUGAUGGCCGGGCUGGAAGUUGCCCUCUUUGGCAUCAAUGAAUACAUCUUGCUGAGUGUCCUGCAGGUAAAGGAUGCUGGGGGCUCUAUGACCAUCCAUGCUUUUGGAGCCUACUUCGGACUGAUGGUAUCCCGGGUCCUUUUCCGGCCCCACCUGGACAAAAGCAGGCAGCGGGAAGGCUCCACGUACCAUUCUGACCUCUUUGCUAUGAUUGGAACGCUCUUCCUGUGGGUCUUCUGGCCCAGCUUCAACUCGGCUGUGACGGCCCAUGGGGACAGCCAGCAGCGGACAGUGAUGAACACCUACUUCUCCCUGGCUGCCAGCACCCUCGCCACCUUUGCCACCUCUGCCCUGGUGAACCACAGGGGCCAGCUGGACAUGGUUCAUAUCCAGAAUGCGGCCCUGGCCGGCGGGGUGAUCGUUGGCACUUCGGCCGAGAUGAUGCUCACCCCCUUUGGGGCGCUGAUCGCUGGGUCCUUGGCUGGCCUGGUGGCAACCCUGGGCUUCAAAUUCCUCACGCCCAUCCUGGCUGCCAAGCUGAAAAUCCAGGAUACCUGCGGGAUACACAACCUGCAUGGGAUGCCCGGAGUCCUUGGCGCCCUCCUUGGCGCUCUGGUGGCAGCUCUGGCAAUUCCAGAUGUCUACGGUGAGGGGAUGGCUGAAGUCUUCCCCCUGGUGGCCUCCGGGCAGCGGACGUCGGUGCAGCAGAGCCUCUUCCAGCUGCUGGGCCUGCUGGUCUCACUGGGAAUGGCCACACUCGGUGGAAGCCUCGUGGGGGCCAUCCUGAAGAUGACAGGCCUUGGGUCUCCCCCUGACGCUCUCUGCUUCGAGGAUCAGAUCUACUGGGAGGUGCCCGAGGAGCAUCGCAAUGACUUCCAGGGCAUGGAAGCUGUGAGCACUGAGGAGGCAGACAAAGGCACCCAAGCCUGACAGCUCGGCCUGGGAUGCUCACAUCGCCAUCACAAUCAUCAUCACCAUCACCAUCAUCAACAACAAAAGUAAUAAACCCAAAUGAUAAUGUUUUGCCUUGGAGAAAGGAGAUGUCUUCAUGAAGCACGCUGGGGCUGCCUGGAAGUCUUGCAAAUACCGUAAAUCGUUUACAACUCAAGUGCCUGCUGUGCAAGUUCAGAAGCGCCACCUUCUACAUUGCUAUCUCACAGGUUCAAGAGCUGGGCCAAUGCCUACUGGAAAGUAUCCCAAGGCAGAGCACUGGUGGGCCAUUAUCAAAGGGGGAUAAAUGCAGCAACCAAUUUUGUUUCUAAAUUAAGCAUCUUUUCUCUCAUAACCACCUUCAAAUUUGCACCAUCUUAUUUGCUUUUCAACAUAAAUUUCAUAAUGGAAAUCAGAAAUACAGCCACGUAACUGAGAGUGUGUAACAAACUGCAACCCAAUAAAAGAUGUGAGUAAUCAGACAACUGAGUAAAGCCCUGGUCUGAGGUUGGGCAGAAGUUUCUCUGAAUGUUACAGUCAAUAAGUGGUUCUCAGACUCGGUUGAACUGAUUGAAGCGUUUGACGUCGGCUACGUGGCUUCCACAACGUCAGCUGCCAAUCUUUGGGAGAACAUUGGUUUUCUGGAAGUUUUUCUGGAAGUAUUUUGCAUAUUCAGUUCUUACACUAGAAACAUACAUAACAUUAAUUCAGUAAAUUCUAUGAAAUGUAGCAAGAAAAAAACUGGAUGGCAAGUAAAAUGCAAGAUAAAUGUGUUGCAUCUUGAGAUAUACCACUUUCCAAAAUUGUUGACCUUUUUCAGCUUGGCACCACAAGUGAUAAAAAGCUCCUAAUUCUUUAACAUGUUUCCAAUACAUUUUGAAUAAUUAAGAUCCAUUUUAACAAUCAUAACUGGGUAAUAUACCAAUGAAAAAAAUAUUUAUACCAAAUUUCUCUAAGCAUGAUAUUUGUAGUAAAGUUGAUAUUAGUUUGCUAUUGAAAUUCCCAUUGUUGCAUGGCAGUACUUGAAUCCAUAUUAUGCAUUUGUUUGAUCACGCAAACUUUACCUUGUUCAGCUUCAGGACCAAAUUUUAUCAGUAAUUUAUAAAUAAGUCCUAAUAAACACUUGGACUUUGCAUUAUAACAUUCUGAAUUCUAUUGACUAUUCUAGUAAGAUUCUAUUAAGAGUCCAUUGGAGAUGGGUGGCUAAUAAAUUCAAAUUAAUAACUAAUAAUAAUAAAAAUAAAACUCCGAAUAUCCUCUAUGUUUCAGCAUUUCAUUAUGUGCUAUCAUGCUGAUGUAUGAAUACUGAAAUAAGUGAGGAGUUUCAGUCCAUUCUUGAGAUCUCUUCAUAAGAUUUUAUCCAGGUUUUAUUGACCACAAAUCUUGAAAUCUGUAAGAAUUAUGAAGCUCCCACUGAUUAACCUUACUCUACAAACUUAAAACAGCCAAUUAUGACAAUCCAGGAUUAAAUCUGUUCUUGUACUUUCCCCAUAUUUUCACUAAACUGUUUAUAAUAAUGUA